UGUGCUGGAGGCGGAUGUGAGAGGAGCGCAGGCGCCUGUCUCAACCGCCAUUUUGGAUGCGUCAGCGGUGGAAGGAGGAGAGAUUGGGGAAGAAGUGCGUUUGUGUGUCAGAUCCAUUCAUUGCAUUGGAGAAGCACUGUGUUCACAAUAUUCCGUAACAAUGGGAUAUGAUAAAUAUGAUAAACGUGAGACCAGUCGAAGUGAACGAAGUGGUCGAUAUGGUUCUGAACGGAGCAGAGAAGAAUAUCGAGACUCGAGAGGGAGACGAAACUAUGAUUACAAGGAUGUUGAUUAUCGUGCUCCACCGAGUCAUAGCCGGGAAUACGAACGUGAAUAUGAUCGGGAGUAUGACCGAGAGCACGAUCGGGACUAUGACCAUGAAUAUGAUCAUGAUCAUGACCGGGAGUAUGUUCUGGAGCAAGAUCGAGAGUACGAUCAGGAAGAUGAUCAAGAGUAUGAUCGGGAAGACGAUCGAGAGUAUGAUCGGGAACGCGACCGGGAUUAUGAUCGCGAUUAUGACCGGGAUUAUGACCGAGAUUAUGACCGGGAGUAUGACCGGGAUAGACGACGCAGUGAUUAUCACAGCAGUGAGCACCAUCAAGACUACAGGGAUUAUGAGAAUUCUGAGAGUUUUGAAGAAGACAACAGAUUUGACAAGUCUGAGGAGGGCCAUUAUUCCGAUGGUGACUACAAAGAUCAUGAUUACAGAAACAAUGGAGCUAAAGAGAAAAAGAACAGAACAAUUAUGUUGAGAGGUCUUCCUUCAUCAACAACCAGAGAGGAUAUUCUUGAAUUGCUGAAGGAUUAUGAUGGGGUUCAGCCCAAAGACGUGCGAGUGAUGAGGUGCAAAGAAUCAGGUCAAAGCCGUGGUUUCGCCUUCGUGGAGUUUAAUCACUUGCAGGACGCAACAAGAUGGAUGGAGGCCAAUCAGAGACACCUCACGAUUCUUAGAAGAUAUGUCCCGAUGCAUUACAGCACAAAGCCAUUUGAGGAUUGGAGUUGCAGCAAGUGUGGAGUAACCAACUUCAAGCGGCGAGAGAGAUGCUUUAAGUGUGAUGCUCUGAAGCCUGAAACUGAAGAAGAGCAGCCUCGCAUGCAAGGUGAACCAUUGAUGUCUGAUUAUACAAAUGACACCAUCAUUUUAAGGAAUAUUGGCCCACGUACAUCGGUGGAAUCUAUUCUGAUUGCUCUGGCCCCAUAUGCAAUGCUGUCCACUGCAAAUGUGAGACUGAUCAAAGACAAGCAAACUCAACUGAACAGGGGGUUUGCCUUUGUUCAACUGGAUUCACCUUUUGAAGCCUCCCACCUUAUUCAGAUACUACUAUCACUACAGCCUCCAUUAAAUAUUGAUGGCCGGACUAUUAAUGUUGAUUUUGCCAAGUCCUUAAAGAAGGAUCAUGGCCUUUCUGAGAGUAGUAAGGUCAAUUCGUCGACUGUUGCAAUCACAGCUAUAGCUGCAGCCCAGUGGUCUUCAAGCCAGAUGCAAGGGUCAGAAGAUGGAAACGUUGAUUACAAUUACCCCCAGCCAGGGCAGGAUGGCUACAAUCAGUAUGAACAACUGCAAUUUUCACAUGACUUUCCGCAACCAAGUGGUGGUGUGGAUCCUGCUCAUCAAGGCUUAAUGACUUACCAAGCACCGCCAGUAAUCACAGCUGCUCCAACAAAUGCUGCUUCCACUGCAGUCUCCCAGGAAGGUCCAACCUACCAGCCACAGAAUCAACAAACACCUGAGGCAGUGCAACCGUGCCAGUCCCAGCAGGCAGAGGCAAAACCAGCUGAGGUUUCUUCAGACUCCAAAGAAUCAAGUUUUCCUGUACCAGAUGUGUCCACUUACCAAUAUGAUGAGUCUUCUGGAUUUUACUAUGAUGCACAGACUGGGCUGUACUAUGAUGCAAACUCACAGUACUACUACAACUCACAGACUCAACAGUACUUGUACUGGGAUGGAGAGAAACAGACUUAUCUGCCUGCCCCAGAUUAUACUGCACAGCAAAAUGCCAACAGUGGGAGCAAAAACAAGGAUGGAAAGGAAAGGAAGGAUAAACCAAAGAGCAAGACAGCACAACAGAUUGCUAAAGACAUGGAGCGAUGGGCUAAGAGUCUGAAUAAGCAGAAAGAUAACGUCAAAAACAGCUUUCAACUUGGUAUGUUCAGAGAGGAAGAAAGAAAAGAGUCUGCAGCUGCUGAUGCAGGAUUUGCUUUGUUUGAAAAAAGGGGAAUGAUGGAGCGGCGUCCAAUGGUACUCGAGCCUUUUAGUGGGCUGGCAGAGCACCUGAGAGACGAUGAAGAAAGUCCACUAAAGAGGAAGGCAAGCCCACUGCAGGGUCUUGUGGCAGCAUACAGUGGAGAGAGUGAUGAGGAAGAGCAAGAGGCAACAGAAGAUCUAGAGGGGAAGCUGACCGAUUGGAAGAAAAUUGCUUGCCUCUUGUGCAGAAGACAGUUCCCUAACAAAGAGGCACUGAUACGCCAUCAACAACUCUCUGACCUGCACAGGCAAAAUUUAGAAAUCCAUAAAAGGAGCAAGAUGUCCAAUAGAGAGCUUGAAGCACUGCAAAAGACAGAAAGUGAGAUGAAGUACAGAGACAGAGCAGCAGAAAGGAGAGAGAAAUAUGGAAUCCCAGAGCCUCCUGAGCCCAAGAGGAAGAAGUUUAACACUGCUGCUGCAGUAAUUGAUUUUGAGCAGCCAACAAAAAAUGGUAUUAACAGCGACAAUAUUGGGAGUCGGAUGCUGCAGGCUAUGGGCUGGAAAGAAGGCUCAGGAUUAGGUCGCAAUCGGCAAGGUAUUACAGCUCCCAUACAGGCUCAAACAAGGAUGAAGGGAGCUGGUUUGGGAGCUCGAGGAAGCUCGUAUGGUGUCACUACUUCAGAUUCAUACAAAGACGCUGUUAAAAAAGCUAUGUUUACGAGAUACAAUGAAUUGGAGUGAUCUGAGAGCAGUUGUAAAUAUGUAAAUACAUUUCCUAUUUUUUUGUUACAUGGUAUUGUACUAAGCAGUGCAAAUUGUCUGUAGGAAUUUUUUGUUUGUUAAAAUUAUAUUUAUGCCAAAUGUACAAUGUACAUUUUGUUUCAGCCAAAUGUAUAAUAAUGUACCUACAGUUUUCUUUACAAAUAAAUUUUGGAAAGAA